AUGGCUCUCCAAAAACAUCUCCUCCUCCCAUUCAUUCUCAUUUUUCUCUCCUCUCUUUCAUGUUACACCACUACUUUUCAUGGGUAUCCACCCCACAAUUAUCUUCAACAAGAAUUUGGCUACGAUUUUCGGGCACACCCUUCAUUUUUCGACCCCAUUGACGACGAUACUACGUUUGGGAACUCUAUCAACCUCCAAGCCACAAACUUCAGGCUGAAGAAGAUUGGUGAAGUGCGUAGUCUUGCAGCUUCAGUUAACACGGUUAGUGUAGAUAAUUUUGGAGCUAAAGGUGAUGGAAGAACUGAUGAUACAGAGGCAUUUAAGAAGGCUUGGAAGGUAGCUUGUUCAUCAUCUACAGGAGCUGUUAAUUUUGUGGUGCCCAAUAACAAAAAUUAUCUUCUCAAGCCAGUUACAUUCUCAGGGCCUUGCAAAUCUGCUCUUACAAUGCAGAUCUAUGGAACCAUUAAAGCAUCCGAUGAUCGAUCGGACUACAAAGAAGAUGGAAAACACUGGCUUCUAUUUGACAGCGUUCAGAAUCUAUUGGUUGAAGGUGGUGGGAUUAUCAAUGGAAAUGGCAAUAUAUGGUGGAAAAACUCUUGCAAAAUCAAUAAAAAACUUCCAUGCAAAAGUGCACCAACGGCUUUAACCUUCUACAACUGCAAGAACUUGGUAGUGACAAAGCUGAAGAUGGAAGAUGCACAACAAAUUCACAUUUCUUUUGAGAAAUGUGUGAAUGUUGUAGCUUCUAAUCUCGUGGUGACAGCACCCGAGAAUAGCCCCAACACUGAUGGGAUUCAUGUCACAAACACCCAAAACAUCCAGAUUAAAAGCUGUGUUAUUGGAACAGGUGAUGAUUGUAUUUCUAUUGUGAGUGGGUCCAAGAAGGUGCAAGCCACGGACAUAACUUGUGGACCAGGUCAUGGUAUCAGCAUUGGAAGCUUAGGAUCUGGACAUUCAGAAGAUUAUGUUUCAGAUGUGAUGGUGAAUGGAGCUAAGUUUUUAGGAACUACAAAUGGAGUCAGGAUCAAGACAUGGCAGGGAGGAUCAGGAAGUGCAAGCAACAUUAAAUUUCAGAAUGUCGAAAUGCAGAGUGUGUCCAACCCUAUAAUCAUAGACCAGAACUACUGUGACCAAGAUGAUACAUGCAAAGAACAGGAAUUAGCUGUUCAAGUGAAAAAUGUGGUAUACCAGAACAUUAAAGGCACAAGUGCUUCUCAAGUGGCUAUAAAAUUUGAUUGCAGUAAAAGUACUCCUUGCCAAGGGAUUGUGUUGCAAAAUAUCAACAUAGAAGGCGACAAAGGUGAAGCAGCCAAAGCUCUAUGCAACAAUGUCAACUUCAAUGACAUUGGAGCCAUUUCGCCAAAAUGCCCCAACUGA